CCGCUGUCAGGGCUCGGCUCGGCGACAGUAUGGCGGCGAGCUGCUGCUGGAAGGAUGCUGCUGUCGCCCCUGCGCUUUCAGCUGCCUCCGGCAUGUGAACGGACCCCCGGCAGCGCGCGGAGAGUCGACGACGAGGCAGGCCCGUGGCCGUGAACAGCGAGGAUGACCAGACUCGCGGAUUAUUUUCUGCUGGUGGGCUACGAUCUCGACAAGAGAGGGGGGAGUGAGGGUCAAGGUCGGAUUCUCCAGCGAUUCCCAGAGAAAGAUUGGGAGGACAACCCCUUCCCACAGGGCAUUGAGCUGUUCUGUCAGCCCAGCGGAUGGCAGUUGGUUCCAGAAAGGCUACCUGCCUCCUUCUUCGUUGCCGUUCUCACAGACAUCAACUCAGAGCGCCAUUAUUGUGCCUGUUUCACCUUCUGGGAGAGUGUAGAGAAUCCUCAGCUACAGAAGGAAGAGCCCAGCGAAGCCGACGAGGAUGAGACCCUGGUGCUUUCCCAGCCAGAGCAGCUCUACGCCCCCAAGAGCUUGGUGCUGGUGUCCCGCCUGGACCACACAGAGGUGUUUAGAAAUUGCCUGGGACUUAUCUACACUGUGCACGUGGACAGCCUUAAUGUUCCACUGGAAACAGUCAUCGGGAACCUCCUGACCUGCGUCAUUCCCAUCGCUGGAGGCUCUCAGAUAAAUGAUCCCUCAGUCUGUAGUUUAUCUGACUGGCUUCUGGGUUGUUUCCAGCCAGGCCAGGAGGACAGUGAGGAGAGCUUGAGGACCAUCACCUUAGGGGCAGGAGAUAGGCAGGUCAUCCAGACACCCAUCAACGACUCGCUCCCUGUGAGUGGAUGCAGUGUGGCCCAGCUCUUCAGGCAGCUUGGCAUUGUGAAUGUUCUGUAUCUGUUCUGUGCUGCGCUGACGGAGCACAAGAUCCUCUUCCUCUCUAAGAGCUACCAGCGGCUCACCGACGCCUGCAGAGCCCUGCUGGCCAUCAUGUUCCCACUCAAAUACAGUUUUACCUAUGUCCCCAUUCUGCCUGGAAAGCUGCUGGAGGUUCUCAGCACCCCAACGCCCUUCAUCAUCGGGGUCAACUCUUUCUUUCGCUCUGAGACACAGGAACUGUUGGAUGUGAUCAUUGCAGAUUUGGACGGAGGCACCGUGACGAUCCCAGAAUGCGUACACAUAUCUCUGCUGCCUGAGCCUCUUCUGCAGCACACACAGACGGCCCUCUCCAUGGUCUUGGAUCCAGAACUAGAGGUGGCAGACCAGGCCUUUCCCCCUUCAUCCACACAGCCCUCUGCUCUGAAGAUCCAGGACAAGGAGAUCCGUGCCGUGUUCCUGUGGCUUUUUGCUCAGCUCUUCCAGGGCUACCGCUGGUGUCUGCAUAUCAUACGCAUCCACCCGGAGCCCGUCAUCCGCUUCCAUAAGGCUGCUUUUUUGGGCCAGCGCGCACUUUCUGAGGAUGACUUCCUGAUGAAGGUGCUGGACGGCAUGGCGUUCGCAGGUUUUGUGUCGGAGAGGGGUCCGCCCUACAGGUCCACAGACCUGUUUGAUGAUCUCAUUGCCAACGAGGUGGAGCGGAUCCGGCAGGAGCACGGCGAUGCCCACAAAGUGAUGGAACACAUAAAAGAACUGGCUGAACAUCUCUUCAAAAACGAGAAUCCGUAUCCGGCUGUAGCCAUGCACAAAGUGCAGCGGCCGUCAGACAACGCAGUGUCCCGGCCUCAUGGCACCCAGGCCUCCUUUCCACAGCUGGAUGAAGUGGCGGUCCAGCUGUUCGUUGACCACGCUGCCGCCAAGCUUAGAACAGCCCCACCUGUGGUCAAGUCUGAACUGAAGGAGAUGGUGCCCUCCGGACCUCCACUGGUGGACAUGGUGGACAAGAAUGGCAGUGUCCUGGCUAACAGUGCCCGGAGACUGGAGGUGGUCAGGAAUUGUAUCAAUUACAUCUUCGACAACAAAAUGCUGGAGGCCAAGAAGUUGAUGCCAGCAGUGCUGCGGGCGCUGAAAGGACGAGCAGCUCGUGUGUGUUUAACUCAGGAGCUGAACCAGCAUGUGCUGCAGAACAGAGCUGUGCUGGAUGACCAGCAGUUCGACUACAUCGUCCGCAUGAUGAACUGCACUCUACAGGACUGCUCUCACAUGGACGAGCAUGGCAUUGCAGCAGCUCUACUACCCCUGGUCACCGCCUUCUGCCGGAAACUGGGAGGAGGGAUCACUCAGUUUGCCUACAGCUGUGUACAGGAGCAUAUGGUGUGGACCAAUAUGCAGUUUUGGGAAGCUAUGUUCUACAGUGACGUGCAGAAUCACAUACGGGCACUCUACCUGGAAACGGAAGACGGCGGCACACAGAGCCCUGACGAGGAGGGGACGAGUGGGCCAGAGCAGGUGAGUGCGCUGGAGCUGGCGUCGGAACAGACCCGACUGUGGCCCACGUUAACUAAGGAGAGCCAGCAGGAGCGUGUGCAGAAGGAGGAGAGCACAGUCUUCAGCCAGGCCAUUCACUACGCCAACCGCAUGAGCUACCUGCUGCUACCGCUCGACACCAGCAAGAACCGGCUGCUCCGCACCACCGGCCUGGCCGAGGUGGAGAGCGUCAGCAACAGCUACGUCACCAACAGCAUUGCAGGCAGCAUGGCAGAGAGUUACGACACUGAGAGUGGCUUCGAGGACGCAGAGAGCUCAGACGUAGCAAACUCUGUGGUUCGCUUCAUCAACCGCUUCGUAGACAAAGUGUGUAAUGAAAGUGGAGUAACCAACGAUCACCUCAAAGCCCUUCACACCAUGAUACCAGAUAUUGUUCAGAUGCACAUCGAGACGUUGGACGCAGUCCACAGGGAGAGCAAGCGACUGCCUCCCAUCCAAAAGCCCAAGCUCCUGAGGCCCACGCUGUUGUCAGGAGAGGAGUUUGUGAUGGACGGGAUGAGGGUUCACCUCCUGUCGGACGGCCGAGAGGAGGCCACGGGUGUGAUGGGCGGACCACCCCUUCUGCCCGCAGAGGGAGCCGUUUUUCUCACCACAUACCGGAUCAUCUUUAAGGGCACGCCCACCGACCCUUUGGUGGGAGAACAGGUGGUGACACGCUCCUUCCCCAUCGCCUCUCUCACUAAAGAGAAGAAGAUUUCAGUUUCUGUCCCCAUGGACCAGUUCAUCCAGGAAGGCCUUCAGUUACGCUCCUGUACCUUCCAGCUGAUGAAGAUAGCGUUUGAUGAAGAGGUGGCUUCAGACCUGGCUGAGGUGUUUAGGAAACACAUGCACAAACUCCGAUACCCUCAGCACGUACAGGGCACCUUCGCCUUCACCGUGGGUCAGUCGGCCAAGCUGGUGGUGGAGCACAAGACCAAGGACAAGAACCAAUCUCUAAAAACGCUCUCCAAAAACCUGGUGAAGACCGCGAAGCGGACCAUUGGGCGGCAGUAUGUCACCCGGAAGAAGUACACUCCUCCUACUUGGGAGAACCGGAGCAGCAUGCAGUCUGAAAUGGAUGAAGAUGAGAUCUCAGUGUCUGAAGAACUGGAGCAGAGUGCUCACACACUUUCCUCCACCAUCCGAUCAUCUGACCGCCAAACCAUGAGCAACGUGGUGGAGCGGGCCUGUUGCCGUGACUACCAGCGGCUGGGCCUGGGCACGCUCAGUAACAGUCUGACGCGCUCCAAGAACGAACCCUUCCGCAUCUCCACGGUUAACCGCAUGUACACCGUCUGCAGGAGUUACCCGGGUCUGCUGAUUGUGCCACAGAGUAUUCCAGACGCCACCAUCCAGCGUAUCUGCCGCUGCUACCGGCAGAACCGCUUUCCUGUGGUGUGCUGGAGGAACUCACGCACAAAAGCUGUGCUGCUGCGCUCCGCUGGCCUGCACGCCAAGGGAGUGGUGGGCUUCUUCAAGUCCCCCAAUGCCCCUACCGCAGGUCCGUCCCAGGCUGACUCCACAAGUCUGGAGCAGGAGAAGUACCUGCAGGCCAUCAUCAGCUCCAUGCCCUCCUACAGCGAGGCCAGUGGCAGAAACACCCUGAGUGGCUUCACGUCCACACACAUGAGCGCCUCAGACUCAUCAGACAAACUAAGGCAGCCUAAAAUUGGAGCUCUAAUGAAGCAAGUAAUGGGCACUAAAGAGGAUGUACCUGGAACCUUCAGUCGAGGAGCGCUGGGUCAGAGGGCAAGGGUCAUCUCCCUCUCUCAGCCUAAAGUUUCAGGCAAGGCCCGCAGCUCACCCAGAGGGAAGUGGGGCAGCAUUCGGGGCAGUGGGCGUCUCAGUGCCUACAAUCCAGAUGUAGGCAACCGGCUGGCAGGAAAAGAGUCCCCCCAAGCCAACGGGGGUCCGGCUGAACCCUACUUCCUCCGGCAGCAGCGUGCAUACCUCUACAUCAUCGGAGACAAGUCACAGCUCAAGGGAGGAAAGCAGGACUCAUUCCAGCAGUGGGAGGUGGUGCCUAUUGAAGUGUGUGAUGUGCGGCAGGUGAAGAACAGCUUUAAGAAGUUGAUGAAGGCCUGUGUACCUUCCUCUCCCUCCGCUGAACCCAACAUGUCAUUCCACCGCUGCCUGGAGGAGUCUGAGUGGAUGAACCUGCUACACAGGGUUCUGCAGGUCUCUGUUCUGGUGGUGGAGCUGUUGGACAGUGGGUCCUCAGUUAUGGUCAGCCUGGAGGAUGGUUGGGAUGUCACAACGCAGGUGGUGUCGCUGGUGCAGCUGCUGUCAGACCCGUACUAUCGGACGUUCGACGGCUUCCGGCUGCUGGUGGAGAAAGAGUGGCUCUCCUUUGGCCAUCGCUUCAGUCACCGCGGUGCCCAGACGCUCACCAGCCAAAGCAGCGGCUUCACACCCGUCUUCCUCCAGUUCCUAGACUGCGUGCACCAGAUCCAUCUUCAGUUCCCUAUGGAGUUCGAGUUCAGCCAGUACUACCUGAAGUUCCUGGCCUAUCAUUAUGUGUCCAACCGCUUCCGGACGUUCCUGCUGGACUCUGACUAUGAACGCAUUGAGCUGGGGGUCCUGUAUGAGGAGAAGGGAGACAGGAGAACCCCUCAGGUCUGCAAGUCUGUGUGGGAUUAUAUCGACCGCCUGCACAAAAAGACCCCCAUCUUCUACAACUACAUGUUCUCACCAGAGGAGGAGGAGGUUCUAAAACCCUACAGCUUCGUCUCCAAUCUGAAGGUGUGGGACUUCUACACGGAAGAGACGCUGUCAGAGGGGCCGUCCUUCGACUGGGAGCUGGUGCGGGGACGGCCUGAGGGGCCCACAGAAGAAGCAGCAGCUGACAGACCUGAGACGGGAGCAGCCCCCAAAUCACAGCGGCGUGCGGUCUGGCCGUGCUACGACAGCCUGAGUAAAGUUCUUCCAGACGCCAUCACUAAACUGCUGCAGGAUGUUCAGACCCUUGAGGCCGAGCUGGGACACGUCUCCGACAAGUGGAAGGACACCUGGGACAAGAUCAAGAUGACCCAGCGCACUGAGACCAAACUGGAGAGCCGGCACUCCUUCUCCAGCUCUCUCCUGAUGUCGUCCAACCUGAUCCACCAGAGGCGCUCUCAGGGCAUGUACCUGCAGGAAAGCGGCGUGGGCUCCUCCAUUAAUCUAGCUCUGGACUGUGAGGCCAAUGCCACCUCCACGCCUGCAGCCGGCCGACCCAGUACCAGCACGCUCUACUCCCAGUUCCAGAGCACGGAGAGCGAGAACAGGAGCUUUGAGGGAAUCUUAUACAAGAAAGGAGCGCUGCUGAAACCUUGGAAACCACGUUGGUUUGUGUUGGACAAGACCAAACACCAGUUGAGAUACUACGACACGAGGCAGGAUAAAGAAUGCAAGGGUGUCAUCGAGCUGGCUGAGGUGGAAUCUGUCAUUCCAGGCACGCCCACAAUGGGAGCCCCUAAAAACAUAGAGGAGAAAGCCUUCUUUGAUCUGAAAACGACCAAACGAGUGUACAACUUUUGUGCGCAGGACAGCCAGAACGCACAGCUGUGGAUGGACAGUAUUCAGAGUUGCCUAUCAGACGCGUAGAGAGAGAAGCAGAGGAGGAACUUUUGAGAGACUUUAUUAAUAUUGAAAGGAAAUCUGCUGGGCUCCUGAUGGACAUGGCUCUCAGCCAAUGACAGAGCUCCCCCAGCAGAGAGGGAGAAUGAGUGUGGGCCUCCGUUCUGUGUUGGCGGUAUUGAUCUUUGGAAGAAAAAAAAUGUUGCACCUCACCACAUUUCAGUGUUUUUGUUUUAAAAAAAAGUUUAAAAAAGGAAGAAAAAAUAUCUAAGAAUCCCUUCAGAGACAUUCGUUAGUAGUCUAACCACUAUUCAGCUCCGUCUGUUGUGCUCUGUGGAUACGAGGCAUGAUGUCGCCCUUUGUUGGGUCUUGUGGAUCUGCGUCUUACAACUUUUAACUUACAAGUCAAAGUUAAACGCGAGGCACCGGCAUGUCCAGCUACGGCUAAGCUCCCUGCCACCUUCCCUUCCCUUCCCUUCUUUAACAUACUGCCAACUAUAUGAAUGCUAUGCAGGGGCCUGAAGCUGCCCAUUAAACAGCCACAGCCACAGCCAAGCAUCUGCCUGCCCUUACUAAAGUUCCCUUACAGUCUUACAGUCUUACAGGCUCAGCUCUACACUGUCACCAAGUCACUACUUUUGGUUUUGCUGGUCAGCUUUGUGAGCUACAUACAGAACAUCUUCAAUCAGGCCAUUAUUUAGCUUAUUUAGCACAUGCCCACUGCCCUGCCAGCUAAUCGGCUGGUAUAAUGGUUUAAUUCUCCACUCUGUAACUGGUUCACACACAGGCCGUAUGCUUGUCAAAACAAAAAGCACGCAGGCUUUCCUUUCAACGGUUCAUGAAGGAUCUUUUUUUUUUUUUUUUUUUUUGUCAUAACUUUUUUUUUUAACAGUUUACUGAUUUCAUGUACAGUGAAAAAUGAAAAUAAUAUCAAUCCUUGCCGUUCCAAUUUGCCGACAUAAUGUAUGCUAUAGUAUUUCAUUUAUCCUCUCAGAUCAGUUAAGCAGAAUGCCAGCCGGAGAUUACGUUCUCAUUUUAGCCUGUUUACAUGCAAAACUGUACAAAAUUCUUAAAUAUUUUCUGUUUCUCAAACACCAACGAUCAGAACCACUGUUCACUUUGAGAAUUUAAGGGAUGCUGAAGGAAAAGGAGGGAUUUAUUUUGUUGUGAUGAUUAAAUUAUGCACAGAAAAUGAGAUGAACGUGAGAUUUAGGAGGAGUAAAAAAAAAAAGAAAGAAAGAGAUGCAUAUAUAAACAGGGGGAGAUGGAUAUAGGGAUGUCGGGAGCCUCUCUGUUUCAACACGUCUGUUUACACUGGUCAGGGACUGGCAACCUGGCUGUCUUGACAAUUGAGCCUCGUAUAUCCAUAUUUAUAUAUAUAUUGUAUUUGCAAAAAUGAAGUACUGUAUUCUUCGCACUAUAUGGCGCACUGUCAGUGAACGUCUAUUUUCUGGUGUGGUCUUAUUUUCAUUCAUAAGACACACUGGCUUAUAAGGUGCAUUGUAAGAGACACUAUAAGGAACUUCUAAUUCAGCAGGUCUCACCACUGGGUAGUGGUUGUGGGGGGGUAGCUAACUAAGUUAAGUAAAGCUAAGCUUAUUAAACAAAACUGUAAUAAAAAAAGUUUAAAAGCUUUCUUUUAAAGUCAAACGAGCGAUUGAUGUUAGUCUACACAUUUCUUGAAAACUGUUUAUUUGGGUGAGUAAAGCGUUUCUGUUUAUUUAGAGUAAGCUAAGCUUCACAAAUUGCUCCAGCACUAAGGCUGAAGCAUUAGCGUUAGCGGCUAACUGCUAGCGGGACGUAAAUGACACCCGACAGCACUACUCUAAGGAACCCUGAGUGUUCUGGCAAGCCAAGGCGACAUUAGCUACCAGUUCGUCCCAUGUAUCUUGUUUUAACAGAGGAGACACACAGACUGCAGUCCGAUAUACUAGCCUCUAAUCGGCAAAUGAGCUAGCUCUAAGCACGCUUAGCGGGUAAUGCUAAUACUGUUCCAGCAGUGCUAGCCGGGGUUUAGUAGCUGGCUACAGGCUGAUAAUACUCACCGUUGAACGAGGAAAUAACUCCUGCAUAAUGCUGUCAUUCAGUGGAGUGGCUUUACUGCUUCGUACAACCUGACUGGUAAAAUUAAUACAUAAAGUGCACCAGAUUUUAAGGCAAACUUUUGAUUUUUGGGGAAAAUUAAAGGAUUUUAAGUGCGUCCUAUAGUGCAAAGAAAUACGGUAGUUCAGAUAAUCAUUCUGAUGGUUUCAUUUUAAAUUGGUUUACAAUUUUCUGGCCUUUCCAUUUCUUUCCACGUCUAUUUAUCUACUUUUUUAGUGCAUCCUCAAUUAAUGUCUCAAUCAAUUUCUCAUCAAAAGUAUAACCUUGCUAAGCUUGUAUCCGUGGAUGUUUGGAUGAAGCUCAGUGUCCAGUACAGCCAGUCUGCGGUCACCAGGCCCCAUCAUUGUCAGAAGCAGUGUUUUAGCUAGAGUCUGUUACCUUCUGUUUUGAAUCCUGUACAUAGAGGAGUUAUAUCAUUCCUUUUAUUCCUUUAGAGAGAAAAAAGAGAGAGAGAGAGAGUCUAUUUAGCUGGACUUUAGCUGGUAAAGAUGCAUCGAUGCAAAGAAUGGUCAUUGUUACCCCCUGUUUAUUUUUUAUUACCACCCCCCCCCACCCCCCUCAACCUGCUUUGUGAUUCUGGAUACAAAAACUAACACAAAUAUACAUAUAUAAAUAUAUACACACACACAUGCAUACACACACUGUAAAAUAGGGUAAUACCGCUGUCUUGUUGAACAUAAAAUUUGAAUUGUAGAUUUUUUUUUUUGUUCUGAUAACUCCCUUUUGUAUAUAAUAUUCAGAUUUAUAUGUUUGUUAGUAAUUUAUUUAACUUUGUCUCCCGAAUAUGACAGUCCUCAAAGCACCACUUAACUUUUUUCGAUUAGUAAUUCCAAUAUGUGCCAUUGUUUUGUUUUUUUUGUUUUGUUUUCUGCAUUAACGUGACUAAUGACUUAUGAUUUUUUUUCUUGGGGGGAAAAUUUCAGAUAUGACUCAAAUAAAUCCUCAAUGCUCAUUUUUUCUAACAUGGUUGUCCUCUCCCAGUACGAGUCUCUUGAGUUGUGGAGGAGUAUACUGUCUGGCGUGAGAAUAAUCAGAGCAGAUGUUUUUUUUGCUCUUGGAGAGCCCAUUCACUCACACUCGCACUCAAACAGCAGAUCUAUCACUGCUAUAGAUGAUAAUCCAGCUUUCAGAAUAUUCUUCAGAGCAAAACUGUAACCUUUUUAUUAUUUAUUUUUAUGUUCCCCUUUUUUUAAUAGAUUUUUUUCUGAGCCGGGUUCUGUUGUCAUUCGUGUAAUAUAUUUUUUAGGAUUAAAAGAAAAACACUGUGGGUUU